CACUGCAGUGGAUGACGUUGCGGCAGCACCGCAGCACCUGCGGCCAGGGCUCCCUGCGGCCCCGCAGCUCCAGGUCCUCAGGGGCUGCUAACAUCUCGCUCCUGAUCCUGCCCCAUGUGAGGGAGGUAGCUGGGCCCCGCUUGGCCUGGCAUCUCCGGGCAUCUGGUCCCACGUGCAUCGUUCUGCACCGCUCACUCCUCCAGUCUGGAUCCACUGCUGUUGCUCCCAGCCCCUUGGGCUCGUUCCUGCAUCCUAGACCCAGCUCUGGGGACUGCAGCUCCCUUCGCACUGGGCACCACUGGUCCCCCAACACCUGCUGUGAAAGCUCCCAGCCCCACAGCCCUGCCUGCCCUUGGGGCCCCUGCAGACCCCUCUCUGCUCAGGCAGCUGCCAGUCCCCUCUAGAUGGGCAUGGCAAUUGGGGCUCCCCUGGCAUCUCCCUGCCUGCCCAGCCAAGCUCUCCCAGCUCCCAGCUGGGCUGGCACAGCACUGGGGCCUGGUUUCUACCCCUGGGCUCGUUCUGGCUCCUGCUGUUAGCACGAUGCUGCCUCAUCACACCGUACAGGAGGCCUGUGCCCCGCAGCACCCACUACCAGUAAAGCACCAUUCGCACGAGGGCAUCCGUGCACCGUCGUUCCAGCUGGUGCAUCCAGGAUACAUCUCUGCAGCAGAUCAGGCGGGGCAGGGGGAUACAGCCACAAAGAGCCACCUGCCCUGCCCACACCCAAACGCUUCAAUUUUCCCCGUGUGUGAAGCCAAUGCCCCUUCCCAGGUGACUGGCAUUUGGCUGGCAGCAAAUGCAGUGCCAGGGGUUGGGGGUUAUCUCCAAAGGUGCUGUAUAGCAGCAAAGUGCCCCCUCCAGAGGGAACCCCCAUUUUCUGGGGGAUAACACCCCCUCCAGGGGUGCCUCUGCUGUGCUCAGAGUGCCCCAGUCCCCACCGGGCCCCACGCAGCAGAGGAAGGAAGAGCCAGAGCAAAACCAAAACCAAAACCAGUGGGGUUUUUUUCCGUGCUCAAUCAUGAAUGUCACCCGCUCCGACCCUUCUCCCCGUGGCACGAUCUGGGCGCGGCCCUCAGGAAUCACCAUGGCCAAGCAGCUGCAAGGGCUCCUGCAGGAGCUGGACGAGGAGCAGUUCAAUAACUUCAAGUUCUUCCUGCGGCACUCAGCGCCCGAGCCCCGGAUCGCUUGGGAGCUCCUGGCCAAUGCCUCGCGCGAGCAGACCGUCAACCUGAUGCUACGGUGUCACUCCCACAAUUCCCAAGAGCUGACCCUGCAGUUGCUGGAGCUGAUCUGCCGACUUGACCUGGCCCAGUGCUUCCAGCCCCCAAAAGACAGAGCUGCGUCCAGCGGGGCCAGUGGGGCUGCUGCCAAGGGCCAUGAGCCAGCCCUGGCCCCAGCAGGGCGGCUGAGGCUGGUGUCACAGUCACAGCUGAUGAACCUGGCCAGCUGCAUGGGCCGGAAGUGGCGCCAGAUUGGGAUCCAGUUCCUUGGGCUGGAGUAUCACCAGCUGGAGCAGGUGGAAGAGGACCACCGUGGCGACCUGGUCCUGCAGGCCUUUGGCAUGCUGCUCGAGUGGAGGCAACAACAGGGGCGGGCAGCCACGGCUGCCCACCUGCACAGCAUCCUCUCUGCCCAGAAAGUGCCCCUGCAGCCCGAGGCCCUGGAUUGCCUCCUGAAGCCAGGGCAGGGCUGAGUGGGACAGGAGCUGGCACAUGGGCUGUUCCCAGCUGGAGAGG